UUUGAUAUGGACGGCACUCUGAUUGAUUCUUCGCCUGCUGUGGCUGCCGCUUGGAAACUCCUCAAAGAGACAGGCUACGAGUUCCUCGAUGUCGACCACAUACUUAAAUCAGCCCAUGGCUACAGAACUAUCGAUGCCCUCCGCAAAUGGUGUAAGAUCACAGAAGAGGAACUCUUGAAGAAAGAAGUUGUCCGUUUCGAAAACGCGAUUCUCAGUAAUGCCCAAGCCAAAGGUGGUUCAGGAGGAGGUAUUAUUGCCCUUCCGGGUGUUGCUCAGCUUCUCGACGACAUAGAGGCAUCAACAAACAACGGGCAUAGUCAAGACUGGUCCGUUUGCACGUCCUCGACCCACUUCUACGCAUCACAAGCUCUCCCUGCCGCUGGCGUCCGCAAAGCCGACGUUUUGGUCACUGCUGAGUCUGUUACGAAUGGCAAGCCCGCUGCUGACCCCAUCUCUUGGGUGCGAAGUUUUUUAUAG